AUGCCAUCAAUAUGUACUUUGUAUAGUGAAUCUACUGAUGCCAAAAAUUUUCAAAGACAUGGAUAUAAAUUAGAUACAACUCAAAGAAGAAUUAAAGAGUUGAAAAGCAAAAAUAUUAAUCUUACUGAGUAUAAAGCCAAAUAUUAUAGUAAACUGGAAGAAGUGAAUUUAUUCCAAUUUAGAAUUAAGUUAUUAAAAGAAGAAUUAUCUUUAACUCAAAAAUACUCAUCAAAAAAAGAUUCUGAGAUAAUGACCCUUAAAGCUGAAUUGUUGAAUAUAAAGGUUGAAUUAGAUUCUAAGAUUAGUGAGCUUGAGUGUCUAAAAUCAGAAGAUAUUUUGGUAUCUGUGGUUGAUGGAGAUAGUGAAAAAAAUAUAUCAAAGUCUAGACCCAAAGGUCAAUAUUUUGCACACAAAAAAAUUAUGAACGAAGUUGAAAAAAUUAGCACUAAUAUACUGACUCAUACUAAUGAUAAAAUUGUUCUAAUAUUAGAAUCUUCAAAAAUCAAUACUGAGGUUACUUCUAAGAUAAGUGAUGAAACUAUUAUUAACGAAAAUAAUAAAGGAAGGAGUGAGAAAUUAUCUAUUAUAGCAUUAGGUGCUAGCAUAGUUAAUAAGUAUCAAACUACUCCUAUUAAACAAAUUUUUCAUUCAACUCUGCCUUCUCAUUCUUUAAACUCGAAGCUAGAUUAUACUCACAGUAUGACUGCCUCUGAAAAGAGAGUUAUGGAUUCCCAAUUCAUCAUGCAGAAAAACUCAAAGACAGGAUUACCUCCAAUGAAACUUUUCCUUAUAGAUAUUGAUGAGGUUAUGAAGCAUGCUUCAUUACACUGUAUUGGGUAUCUAGCAAUGUUAUGGUCAUUUGCUAAGCUAGUUACAGGAAAAAGUAACACAGGUAAGACUAAUAUACUUGGAAAUCUUGUUCUUGGUGACAAAGCUGAAUAUAUAUAUAAAAAGAAAAAGGGUAGAUCUAGUUAUAUACAGUGUGAUGAUUUGAUAGUUUGUGGAUAUCAUCCUAAUGAACCAAAAUAUGCUUUUAUUAGAUAUAUAUAUGGAAUAAUUGCAAGUAAUCCAAGAGCAUCAUAUUAUGAAAAUAUUAGGUUUAGUUAUAUCUUACCUAAAAAAAUUCCUAGUAUAAAAUUUUUCUUACCUGAAAGAAGUACUGUUAUUAUCUUUGAAGAUUUAUAUGUUGCCCCUAAUAGUUUUUCUCAAUAUGUUUCCAAAAUUGUUAGUCAGUAUACCAAUGAUGUAAAAAGUGCAUCAAUGGUCAUUAAUAGCUAUUUUUGCAAGAGUGAGUUUAUUGUAUUUGACCUUAAUAGAGCAGAGGAUGAUCCACUUGCAAUCCAGUUAAAGUUCAAUACCCCAUUAGAUUUGCAGAAAGAAAUAGAGUUACAUCAGAAAUAUAAGACAAAAAAUGCAUUAUCUACAGAGCUCAUGAAUUCUGAACCUAAAAAAUCAGUCAUGUAA